AUGCUUGUGAACGUGUUAACGGCGAGAGUGUCCGCGGCGCUCUAUUUCGAAGGAUCGAUCCUGUGUAGCAGCCUUCGAGUCCCCCAGACGGUCCUGAAGGAUUUACUUGGGGGACUUGCAAACCUCGUAGAUCCCAGCAAUGUUUCCGCGCAAACUUCCGUUAAGAUAGGCAUUGGCUUGGACUCUGCAGUGGUAGAGAGCCGGCAUCCUGGGCUUUUUCUGGUUCAAACAACUGAUUUCUUUUAUCCACUAAUUGAGAAUCCAUACACCAUGGGAAAAAUUGCGUGUGCUAACGUGCUCAGUGAUCUUUAUGCCAUCGGUGUAGACCAGUGCGAUGGCAUGCAGAUGAUUUUGGGCAUUUCUGAGCGAAUGAGCAAAGAACAAGCGGAUAUUGUCAUACCUUUGAUGAUCACUGGAUUUCGGCAUUGUGCCCGAGAUGCUGGGGUUGUCAUUACAGGAGGUCACACCGCUUACAAUCCUUGGAUGAUAAUUGGAGGAGUCGCUUCAUCUCUUUGCACAGAAGAAGAAUUCUUCAGACCAGAUCGAGCAUCAAUCGGAGACCUUAUUGUUCUCACGAAACCGCUUGGAACUCAAGUAGCCGUGAACGCGUUCAAAUGGUAUUGCAAUCCAAUUCACCCGAAGUUGCCGAAAUUGAAGGAAAUAACCUCGUUUGAAGAAGUUUGCGAAGCGUAUGAGAGUGCGACCGCAUCUAUGAUACGUUUGAAUCGUAUAGGUGCCAAGUUGAUGAAAAAAUACGGGGCCACUGCUGCGACUGACGUGACUGGAUUCGGGAUACUGGGGCACGCUGAUAAUUUAGCGAAAUCGCAGAUCCGUGAAGUUACUUUCAUCAUUAAGACCUUGCCUGUGAUAGCAAAAAUGCGGGAAGUGACCGACGCAUUCAAUGAUAUGUUCGGCAUUCGGAGAGGAUAUUCAGCCGAAACAUCCGGGGGUUUACUUGUAUGCCUUCCUAAGGGCAAUGCCGAAAAAUUCUGCGAUGAGAUACAAGAGCUCGACGGUAAAGAAGCGUGGAUAAUCGGCGAAGUUGUUCCUGGUUCAAGAAAUGCAGUUAUCGAUGAAAACUACGAAAUUCUUGACGGGAAUAUGGGUUCCACGUACGUGACAUUAAUCCUGCGGAAUCAAAAUUUAUUCAAGCAACUUCUAACCUCCAAGUCUCGUGGUUGCGUGAAUGUUACGAUAGUGAAUCGUGGAUGUCCAUCGCGUUGCUUGUCGAGCCUCACUCAUGGACACGUCAAAUGCAGUGUUCUGGGUUGCAAUCAGGGAAAAUCCUUCACCACGUGGUCAAAGUUGCGGUCCAAAAUUGACACGGACGCCAGUAAACCGAUCAGUGGCGUCUUGUUUAAUGACAAAUUGACGGGCGUGACCUUAUCUAAGGAAGAGCAGGCAAAAAUGAAUAUCAAUGAAAUGGCGAGCGAAAGCGAAGAAGAGCGGAAGAAGCGGGAGAGUUCGUGGAGAGUCAUGAAGUACACCUUCUUGUUCUUCGGGGUUCUGAUCGGUUCCUCGUUUCUUUACGUUGUAGUUGAAUGGGGUGCGCCGAAACGAGAUGAAUCUGGAGAAUUGAUCGUGGAUGAAUUUUCAGGAUUGCCGACUGUUCAACAACACUUGAACCGGGCCUGGAAUGAGAUUAAGAAUUACAACAAGAUGAUCAAAGAUCCAUCAAGAUCGAAAUUGCUUCCGGAUCCAUUGACAGAACCAUAUUAUCAACCCCCGUUGACGCUAGUUUUGGAAAUGACGGACAUUCUCGUCCAUCCCGAUUGGACGUAUGAAACGGGAUGGAGAUUCAAGAAGAGGCCUGGGGUUGACUUUUUCCUGCAACAAGUGGGUCCGCCGCAUUUUGAGAUUGUCAUCUACACUGCUGAGCAGGGAUUGACAGCUUUUCCGAUUUUGGACACACUGGACCCAAAUGGGUACAUCAUGUACCGGCUGUUCCGAGACUCAACCCGUUACGUCGAUGGUGUUCAUAAGAAGGACCUGAAUUGUCUGAAUAGGGAACUUUCGAAAGUUAUAAUGGUGGACUGGAACCAAGAAGCCACGUCGCUAAAUCCUCAAAACACACUUUUAUUGAAGAAGUGGGAUGGUUCAGACAAUGACAGGGCAUUGAUAGAUUUGGCACUCAUGCUGAAAACAAUCGCCACAUCUGGCGUCACUGACGUGCGUGAUGUAAUCCAAUUCUACAUGAGUUUUCCUGAUCCAAUUGAGGCUUACCGGGAAAACCAACGACGGUUACAGAUCGAGUUUGGGGUCAAUAUGAAGGGCAACUGUUGUCGGAAGACUGUUGAGAAAGUUCUCGGCGAUCGUGACGACAUCAAAUUGGAAAAGUUGGACCCUGCCAACCAAAGACUUAUUGUGGCCACAAAUCAACCUGCUGAAUCUGUGAGACAGUUGAUCGAGACUAGCGGACUGAAAGCUGUUGUUCUUGGUUACGGACAGGAAAACCAGUCAUCAGCGGUUGUUCAGUUCCUGGGUCCAUCGUCAGUCAAAGGAGUCGUUCGUUUCGCCAUGGAACGUCCCGACGAAUGCGUCAUUGAUGGGACUAUUGAUGGUCUCGCCCCUGGACCACACGGUAUCCAUAUUCACGAAUGCGGCGAUAUUUCCCGUGGGUGUGACAGUGUUGGAGAUCAUUAUAAUCCCUUGGAUGCUCCUCAUGGAGAUCCUUCUAGUCCUGCUGAUAGACGACACCUUGGAGAUCUUGGGAACAUUGUAGCUGAUGAAAGUGGGCGAGCGACGUUCAGGUUGUCGGAUAAGUUGUUGAAAGUACCGGACAUCAUUGGAAGAUCCAUGGUCAUUACUGCUGGGCCCGACGACUGCGGAUCUGGAGAACAUCCCCGGUCAUUGAUUGACGGAAACAGCGGGGACAGGUUGGCGUGUGGAAUAAUUGCGCGAAGUUCGGGGCUGUUCGGUAACACGAAGCGGUUGUGUGCGUGCGACGGAGUAUCGAUCUGGGACGAGAGAGACCGUCCACUGGCUGGGCCUGGACGCAGGGCCUGA